AUGGGCAAGCGCAAGAAGCUGUUCAUUGCUUUCGACGAGGAAAAGCGCAGAGACUACUUGACAGGGUUUCGUAGGCGCAAGCAGGAACGACGUGCAAAGGCGCGUUUAGAGAAUGAGAAUAAACUUAAGGAGGAAAUUCGCAACGUCAAGCAAGUUUAUCAUGAUGAAAUGAAAAAGAAGCUGGAAAGCGUCACAAUGCCGAGCUUUCUUGCUGAUGACCUUAAUGUAGUCUCCAAACGCACAAUUACGGACACGGGAGAGCAUACAGUCAGUGUUGAAGAAAUAAAUAUUGCUCAAUCACAUUAUUUUAUGGGUGAAAAUGUAAGAUACGCCAUCUAG